AUGCAUGCAGCAAGAGAUGCAGCAACAGCAGAUACUGCAGCAGCAGCAGCAGCAGCAGCAGCAGCAGCAGCAGCAGCAGAAUCAGGAAAGAUAACAGCAGCAACAGCAGCAGCAACAGCAGAUGCAGCAGCAGCAAGGACAACAAUAACAGCAGCAGCAGCAGAAGGAGCAACGAAAACAGCAGCAGAAGCAGCUGCAGCAGCAGCAGCAGCAGAGACAACAAAAACUGCAGCAACAACAGUGAAGACAACUGAAGCAGCAGCAGCAGCAGCAGCAGCAGCAACAGCAGCAGCAGCAGCAGCAGCAGCAGCAGCAACAGCAGCAGAGAAAGCAGCAGCAGCAGCAGCAACAGCAGCAGCAGCAGCAGCAGCAGCAGCAGACCUUUCUCCUUUUCCCACCAGACUUCGCUGCCCAGUGGCUGUACACUGCAGCAAACCACACAAACAUAAAAACAAAAAAAACAAACUGCAGCACAAAGCAGCAGCAGCAGCAACAGCAACAACAACACCAACAACACCAGCAGCAGCAGCAACACCAGCAGCAACACCAGUAACAGCAACACCAGCAGCAACACCAGCAACACCAGCAGCACCAGCAACAGCAACACGAGCAGCAGCAACACCAGCACCAGCAGCAGCAGCACCACCACCUUCCAGCACCAGCAGCAACACCAGAAGCAGCAGCAGCAGCAGCAACACCAGAAGCAGCAGCAGCAGCAGCAGCAGCAGCAGCAGCAGCAGCAGCAGGAACUAA